AUGGCUAUUAACGGAGUGGGAGAUGUUAUCGCUUUAGUUCAGGUCACCACACAGGCGGCAAAAACAUUGCAUGCCGCUACACAUGCGCCGGAAGAGAUCAGACUCUUCAUCCGCGAGACAGACCGAUACCAAGCAUGUGUGGGGGACGCCGCAAGCAGGCUUCGCCGGCAUGGCGCGAUUCUGAAAGACCAUGCCGACGUGAAGAGCAACAUUCAGAGCAUGCUCGAACAGUGUGCGGAGACGACCAGGAAAUUGAGAAGGAUCGCGACAAAGUAUGAGCACAUUGUGACCAAGAAGGGCACCGCCACAGGCGCCGAUGCCGCCUGGAAUCAAUGGAUCGAAGCCUUCAAGACCGUUUACCAUUCGAUCGAAUGGACCACAAAGGAUGUUGUGGUCGAGAACCUUCGACGAGAGCUGUCGCGACAUAUUCAGAUACUGAGCUGGCUGGAAAACGGACUGCUCUCUGAACAAGUUGGUCAGCUUUCAGUUCAAGUCAGCAACUUACAAGACAUGGUCGCCUUUGCAAUGUCAAGCCCAAAUCUAACCCCCCUGUCAAGUCCCUUUGGUCCAUCGCCCAACCCGACGUCUCCGUCGAUUACGGCCAGGGGUUCUGGAAGUCAGGUUAACUCCCCAGAACUUUCAUCAAAUACGCAAACUCAGUCCAUGGCUCCUCUGCGGCUGCCAGAUCCAACAUUCGACAUUGAUGAUUGCGAUUUUGGACAAGACAUUGGUGACCAGUUGCAAUUGCCCGAGAGUUUUCCGGGAGUCACCCCUGGCGAUCAGUACCGCCACGUCAAGCUCGCGUCCGUCAAGGAACAGAAAGAAUUUGUUGACAAGCUUACUGCUAAUGCCAACUUUACUGAAAUGUAUCUCAAUCCUAUUCACUUUGUCUGGAGAAAGCCUGGGGCUCCAGACGGAGUCAUGAUAGAGGCCAGUGACUCGGGAAGAGUGCUGCUUGUAAAGAAUGGCGCUGCGGUGGAGGAUAUUUGGACCUUGAAUGACAAGAGAACCAUCCGGUUCAGGCAACGAGUGCCUACUUGGGAGUACAUUAUUCCCUACUCAAUCAAUGGCGAUGAAUUCGUGGCCGUGGUCGAGCAAGGCGAGGGUUUGACCUUCUUCACAAUCCAGCAGGGUCAAAGAAGGGAUCACCCACGAAUUCCGACCACCUGGGUCCAGUACAAGUUCAAGAGCGUCCUUGACUGUGAACAAUUCCAGGAGAUAGUCUACGGGUCCAGGCUUCGACUCCUGCUACCUGUGACUGAGAUCUGUCGCCCGCACAGAGGCAGAGAUGAUGACCGCCUGGUCGGCCUCGAGAAUGUGCGGGUCUGGGAGAUGGGAUCGGAGAUGCGCUUUAUGGUGCAUCUGAUCCAGGAAAGGGGGAAGCGACGGAAGAAGUACAUGGAAUUCAACCUAUGUCAAGACAGCAUCAAGAUUGAAAGCAAGGGGACAGGGCGGAAGUCAACUCUUUUGUUGACAGGUAUCCAUGCUCAAAUUGACGAGAUGGAAUCAGAGAGACGAGCAUCCACGUCGACCUUGAACUCGGACUCGACCCUAGGACCGGCCAAAUCGUUGACUAGACGGUUCUCGUGGGAUCGAAGCCUUCCGUACCUAGACAAGGCAGAGAUCUACUUCAGACACCAAGAAGACCGUGAUAGCCUCCUCCAACUUGCUCUGAGCUGUCGGCCAAGCAGGAAGAAGAGCGGUUGAGCACGAAUGGACAGCAACACAAGCUUGAAGUGGCCCUGGCCCAAGCGGAGUUCCUAGCUCAUGGAUUCAGAUUUUCCCCGGCCACUCCUCUUGUGUGGGCACAUCCAC